GUUCCGCAAUGGUGGAGAAGGUAGAUCAGGCAGGGAGCGACAAACUUUCGUCCUUCGAACGCUCGACAGAAGUACAAAAAGAUGCUCGUAAAGGCGCCCGCGCUCUGAGCACAGGCUCACAGGUUGGAUGGGCUGUAAAGCUCGCAGUGCUGGGUGGCAUGUGGCUGACCCUCUACCUGAUCCACUUGCAGAUUGGAGAUGCUAAAGAAAUCAAAAGGUUUGAUCCCUUCGAAAUUUUGGAAGUUAGCCCCGGCGCUUCAGCUGCGGAGGUGAAGAAGGCCUAUAGACAGCUCUCCUUGAAGUACCAUCCGGACAAGAAUCCUGAUGACCCCUUGGCUGCGUCUCGCUUCAUGCAGAUCACCAAGGCCCACAAUGCUUUGACAGAUGAGACGGCCAAAGCCAACUACGAGAAGUACGGCAACCCCGAUGGCCCCCAGACCUCUAAAGUUGGCAUUGGACUGCCUCGAUUUUUAUUGGAGAAGGAGAAUCACCUGAUGAUUUUGUGCCUUUUCUUCUUCCUCUUGCUUUUCGUGGUCCCUAUGGCCUUCAUUUGCUACUACCAAAGGACGAAGAACUACGCUGCAAACGGCGUGAUGAUCGAAACCCUGCAAUUCAUGGGGUACUACAUCAACGAGGCGACACGCCUCAAGAAUUGUCCCGAGCUCUUGGCUGCCUCGGCCGAAAGCAGGGGCAUGGCAUUGAGACCUUCCGACAACGAAGAGCUCAAGACGCUUGGAGCUCAAGUGACGGAGCACAAGAAGCGACAGUUCAAGCUGCCCAUCAUCAUCAAGAAUGACAUCAUUCUCUUGGCGCACAUGCAGCGGCUGCACCACUUGAUGUCACCAUCUCUCCGUGAAGAUCUGGAUGAGAUCUUGAGGCAUUCACUGAAGAUUUCGCAAGCGAUGAUUGAAAUCGCCUGCAUGCGAGAGUGGUUCUUCACAGCUCAAGCCAUGAUCGAAUUCCGGCGGUCCUUGAUUCAGGCCUUGGAUGUGAAGAGUUCGCAACUGCUGCAGAUCCCUCAUUUCAAUGAUGAGAUCCUGAAGCACUGCCUUAAAGGCAAGAAUGCGACCUCGACCUUGGCAGACUAUUUGCAGAAGGACCCAGAGCAGAGGAAGGGCCUUUCCUCCAUGACCGCUGACCAGAUUGCAGACGUCGAGGCUUUUGCCAGUCACUGCAGCAACAUGGAGUGCAAGGCGAUCACAGAGGUCGAAGAUGAGAAAGAGAUUGUGGUGGGCGACAUUGCCACCGUGACCGUCCAAUUGCUGCGCAAGAACUUGCACGAGGGCGAGGCGAUGGGUCCGGUGCAUGCUCCACUUUUCCCGGAGCCGAAGUUUGAGGAGUGGUGGAUCUUUCUGGUGGAGGGUGCUCCCAACACCCGCAUUAUCGCCUUUGAGCGCAUCCGCGACACUGAACGGCUGAUCGAAGCCAAACUGCGCUUCCAGAUCUCGCGGCCGGGCAAGCACAGCUUGACGGUGCACGCGCUCUGCGACUCCUAUGUGGGGAUCGACAAGAAGGUGGACUUGAACUUCAACGUGAGUACAGAGGAUGAGGUGAAAAGAGAAAUUUUUGUUCAUCCUGAGGAUGAGGAGCUGGACUUGCAACCCACCUUGUUCCAGCAGUUUAUGGGCGAGCUGGGUGGUGACGAUGAUAGCGAAGAGGAGGAGGAUGAGAAAAAGGAGAAGACCAAACCUGUGGAGAAACUCAGCGACGGGAAGCAGCAGAAGGCAGAGAGUGACGAUGACAAGAAGGAUGGUGACGACAGCGACUCCAGCGACAGCGACUCUGAUGGGGAUUGACCGACGAAAAUUUCAACACCUGAUGUGUCAGACUUGAAGGGUAUUCCAC